GUCAUUUUCCGUUAAAAAAGUUAAGGCUCUCAAAAGAUGCGUUCUUGCCAUUAACCCAAACUUUCUUUUUAUUGCAAAGUCGCAAACGUUGGUCCUUUUGUUGUUGUUGGCAUCGGCCUUCAAAAAGAGCCAAAGAGGAGCCCUUUUCUUGAUCCCGCUUUAACAAUGCUUCUAUAAAUUUUAUAAAAUUAAUGGCGGCGCUAGCUCAACAAACCAAAGCCAAUUACUUGCUUUCGCGCUUCAAAGCCUUUCUUGCCUUUCAGAAAUUUAAUCACAACACGUCUUCUAAAGCGAGAACUCGGAAACAGCAUUCUGCUAAUAUGGGUUCUGGCUCUGUAGUUGAGACUGGUGAAAUUGACUUCUCAAAAUGGAGGAAACUUUACUCGGGAGAGUUUGGGAUACGUAGCUCCAUGAUACCAAAAUCUGCGUCGAUUGUUCUGAAGGUUCUUCAAAGUGGAGGGUUUGAUGCUUACUUGGUUGGUGGAUGUGUCAGAGAUCUAAUUCUCAGUAGAAUACCAAAAGAUUUUGAUGUAAUCACAACUGCAACGUUUCCGCAGAUAAAAAGGCGUUUUCAUCGUGCAAUAGUUGUUGGACGACGGUUUCCAAUAUGUAGAGUACAUGUCAAUGGUUCUAUUGUGGAGGUAUCAAGUUUUGGUACUGCAGCAAAAGAAACCGGAAAAAGAGAGAAACAUUUUGUUCCUAAAAUGCCAAAGGAAUUUCAUCAGAAGGAUUUCAUUAUCUGGAAGGAUUCAAUGCGCCGAGACUUCACUGUUAACAGUUUAUUUUUUGAUCCAUCCGUGAAUACAAUCUAUGAUUAUGCCAAUGCAAUGGUGGACUUAAAAUCCUUACAGUUAAGGACUUUGAAGCCCGCACACUUGUCAUUUAAAGAGGAUUGUGCUAGGAUCCUGCGUGGUUUGAGACUGGCUGCUCGCCUCAAGUUGUCCUUAUCAGUGGAGAUUGAAAGUGCUAUGCACAAACUCUCAUUGUCCAUAAUGAAAUUGGACAAGUCUAGACUAAUGAUGGAAGUCAACUAUAUGCUGUCUUAUGGAGCUGCAGAGCCUUCUCUUUCUUUACUUCAGAGAUACAACAUCCUUGGAAUGCUUCUACCAUUUCAUGCAGCACACCUUGCUCAACAGUCUGACAAACAGUUGAGUGAAAGUUCUGAUAUGCUGAUGAAACUAUUUUCCAGUAUGGAUCAAUUAGUCACCUGUGGUCGACCUGCUCAUGAUAGUUUGUGGGUUGCACUCUUGGCAUUUCAUCUAGCACUAAUAACUAAUCCGCAAGAGGCAUAUGUCGUCUUGACUUUUGCUUCUUUGUUGUACCAUGGAAAUUGGAAGGAAGGUGUUAAAUUUGCUAGAAGACACUCUGAUGCUGCAUCUAUUUAUGCACCUGAAAUGUCAGAUUCUCAGGACUCCAUAUCAGAUGAUGAGCUUGUGGAAAGAGUUACAGAGCUGGCAGUGCUAGUGCAAAAUUCUCUAGACAUUUUGACUGAUAAGGACAGCCUCCAGGAAGCAAUGUCCAGGUUCCCAGGUUCCCCAUGCUCUGGUUUGGUGUUUGUAUCAAAGAACAUGAGGAAGGGCGUUGCAGUAAUUUUUGACGUUCUGAUAGAAGAUGUUAGAUCUCUCCAAACCAGUAGGAAUACUUUUGAGAUAGAUUAUACUCUGCUUGGGAAAGGACAAACGCGUGAGACUAGGUUCGUUCUUGGUAGAGUCAUCCUUGAUACUAUAGCUCCUGGGGUCAUUCCGGGUAGUGAAGUGAUCAAACAUACCUUGGUUAAAAUUGGUGAAAAUGUGGAGUUAAAGAAAAGGAAAUUCAUGUGUGAAGAUGAUAAUCAACCGAAUGUGGAGUUCAAGAAAAAGAAGUUCGUGUGUGAAGCUGAUAAUCAGCCCAAUGCAAGUUCUGAAAUUAAGCAUAAUAAAGCUGAGAAGCGGAAGUCGGUUAUUGGCAAGCAAUCGAAGGAGAAGGCUGUUGAGAAGCAUGAUAUAGAAUCUCUUAGUCAGAAACUGGAUAACGGGGAUGCUGUAUCUAAGAAGAAAACUAAGGGUGAGAAUGGUGCAUUGCCGCAGAAUGGAACAAGAAUGGCUCUUGAAAGGGUAAAGCAUCAAGGGCCGCACCACAAAAAAGGGCAAAAGGUAGGCAAUAAGUGUCAGCAGACUUCAGUAAACCAUUUGAAGCCUUUAUGCAAUGUUGACAAUGGUGUGACUACCAAGCAUCACGAUUCAAAAGAGAAGCGUGAUUCCUCACAAGAACAGAACGAGGAAAAGAGUGAGUCCUUACAUAGCAGAAAACGGGAUUUGCAAGGGGGUAAGUUAGCUGAUGAGAAGAGUAAACCAAAAGCAGAAAAACGAACACUUUCAGAUCUUUUCAGGAGGUGAGUUUAACUUUGUAUCAUGUAAAAUUAUAUCUUCAUCAAAAAGGAGUAAUAGAAGAACCCACAGGUGUGUCUUACCUUGUUUCAUCCCUUUUUACCAGAGGAGUAUCUAGAUCUCAUGUACAUGGCAAUAGAUAGUGUUAAUGCCUAAGGGGUCGCAAUUGCCAUUUUUUGACAUAGUAAUUAUUUAACAAAUUGUAGGCUUCAAUUUUGGUACUAGUUCAUUUUCA